AUGUGGAUUCGGGAGCAUCUUUACUUCAAUGAUUUCAGUAAAAAUUAUUUGAAUUGGAUUUGGCAUGGUGAGGCUGCGGAGAAGGAUAGAUUAAAUUCGAGUGUCAACCAAGAGCCAACUGAUAAUUGUCAUGAUGAUUUUGAAACAGUUAAUUUGUGUGAGGCAGCGUAUGAUAACCAUACAGAAAAUCCAGAAGCAUUUAUGAAGUUUUUGGAGGAAGCAGAGAAGCCACUGUAUAAGGGAUGCAAACGUUACACAAAGUUGAGUGCACUUGUAAAACUAUACAAUACCAAAGCAAGGCAUGGGAUGAGUGAUGCUCUAUUUUCAGAUCUACUAGCAGAUUUUGGGGACAUGCUGCCAGAUAACCACAAUCUGCCAUCGUCAAUUUAUGAAGCAAAGAAGACGUUGAGUUGUUUGGCUUUGAGUCAUGAAAAGAUUCAUGCUUGUUCCAAUGAUUGCAUCCUUUAUAGGAAACAAUAUAAAGACUGCGUAAGCUGCCCGAAAUGUGGCUUAUCAAGAUGGAAGCUAACCAAGAAAAAUGUUGAGAAGAAAGGUGUUCCUGCCAAAGUGGUUUGGUAUUUCCCUCCCAUACCAAGAUUUAAGCGCAUGUUUAAAUCUUUAGAAACUUCCAGAAAUUUAACAUGGCAUGCAUAUAGCACAAGAGUUGUUGGUCAGUUACGCCAUCCAGUUGAUUCACCGUCAUGGAAAUUGGUGGAUCAUAUGUGGCCCAACUUUGGAAGUGAGGCAAGAAAUAUUCGCCUGGCACUUGCAGCCGAUGGAAUUAAUCCUCACAGCAAUCUUAGUAGUCGCUACAGUUGCUGGCCAAUCAUGCUGCCUGGAAACGAUAUCGACGUCUACCUUGAGGUUCUGGUUUAUGAUUUGCAGCUCUUGUGGGAAGGAGUUGAUGGAGUUUAUGAUGCUUAUCGAAGGGAGAUUUUCACUCUUAAAGCAGUUCUUUUAUGGACCAUCAACGACUUUCCUGCAUAUGGUAACCUUAGUGGAUGUACUACACAUGGUUAUUACGCAUGCCCAAUAUAUGGUGAGGAUACUUAUGCAAAGCACUUACCAAAUGGGAAGAAAAUGUCAUUUGCUGGGCAUAGACGAUUCCUACCACGAUUUCAUCCAUAUCGGAGGCAAAUAAAGGAGUUUAAUGGCAUGGAGGAACUUGGUGAAGCAGGUAGGCCAUUAUUUAGAAUUAAGUUGUUUGACAAGCUUUCAGACAUGACAUGUGAGUUUGGAAAGAAAACAAGUGUGAAUGGGAAAAUAAGGAAAAAAGCAAAGGAGAAUAUUGUGGAAGACAUUGAAGAAGAAAAGUAUGUUGGAGCUACAAAUUUCAGUAAAUGUUGUAAGAAGAAGUCAAUUUUUUUCAAUCUUCCAUACUGGAAAUACCUACAUGUUAGGCAUUGUCUCGAUGUUAUGCACAUUGAGAAAAAUGUUUUCGAGUCUCUGAUUAAUACUUUGAUGAACAUCAAGGGAAAAACUAAGGACAAUGUGGCAGCUAGGUUGGACAUGGUUCAGAUGGGAAUUAGGCCUCAAUUGACUCCUAAAAUUGGUGAGAAAAGAACAUAUCUACCUCCUGCAGCAUGCUCAUUCACAAAAAAUGAGAGAUUACAAGUAUGUAGGUCAUUAAUGGAUAUAAAAGUUCCGGAAGGUUUCUCAUCAAACAUGAAGAAUCUUGUCUGCAUGGAUGAGAUGAAGCUAAGUAGCUUGAAAUCACAUGAUUCUCAUGUUAUAAUGCAGCACUUCCUGCCAAUAGUCAUACGUAAUUCUCUGCCAAAAUAUGUUAGAUAUGCUGUCAUAAGAUUAUGCUUCUUCUUCAAAGAUAUUUGUUGCAAGAUUAUCGAUGUAGCCAAGUUAGAUAAGCUGCAAUCUGACUUGAUCAUUACACUCUGCUUAUUGGAGCAGUAUUUCCCCCCUUCUUUCUUCGAUAUCAUGCUCCACUUAACAGUUCAUCUUGUUCGUGAAGUCCAAUUAUGUGGACCAGUCUACUUCAGAUGGAUGUACCCAUUUGAAAGAUGCAUGAAGAUGUUGAAAAGUUACGUAGGCAGUCGAAAAUAUCCAGAAGGUUGCAUUGUUCGGAGAUAUGCAGCAGAAGAAGCAGUUGAAUUUUGUUCAGAAUAUCUCAAUGACCUUGAUCCUGUUGGGGUCCCUAAAUCACUACGUGACCCAAACGCAAGCAUUCCUGGAUUCUCAGCAAGCAAUUCAUCAAUCAUCGUCCAACAAAUUGAUCUCCAAUAA